AUGUCACUUCCGGACACGAAAGACCCCGACAUCGAUAGCCCCGAGGACAAUGCUAAUCCGAGGGCUUUGAAAGAGGAAGCACCAGUUGCUAUCAAAGAGGAGAUUUCUACGUUUCCGAAUCUCAGGUCGCCAUCGCCUGAGAGAAAGGUGCCAAAUCUGAUAGAUCUCUGCCUUGAUACCACUGCCGAUGGCGAGUCUGCUUGUCAAUCUUUGAAAGAGGAAACACCAGUCGCUAUCAAAAAUGAGGUUUCGACGUUUCCGAAUCUCAGGUCACCAUCACUUGAGAGGAAGCUGCCAGAUCUGAUAGAUCUCUGCCUUGAUACCACUGCCGAUGGCGAGUCUGCUUGUCAAUCUUUGAAAGAGGAAACACCAGUCGCUAUCAAAAAUGAGGUUUCGACGUUUCCGAAUCUCAGGUCACCAUCACUUGAAAGGAAGAUGCCAGAUCUGAUAGAUCUCUGCCUUGAUACCACUGCCGAUGGCCAGUCUGCUUGUCAAUAUUUGAAAGAAGAAAAACGGACCAAAAAGAAGGUUUCGACGUCUCCGAAUCUCAGGUCACCAUCACUUGAAAGGAAGCUGCCAGAUCUGAUAGAUCUCUGUCUUGAUAUCACUACCGAUGGCGAGUCCGACUGUCAAUCUUUGAAAGAAGAAACACCAGUGGCUAUCAAACAGGAGGUUUUGACGUUUCCGAAUCUCAGGUCCCCAUCACCUGAGAUGAAGCUGCCAGGCCUGAUAGAGCUCGGCACUACCGAUGACAGUGCUAAUCUUCGAACUUUGAGAGAAGAUACAGAAGCCGUCAUCAAAGAAUGGACCUCCACCCAAAAAUCGUCUGCGAUUCCACUCCCAGAACACAAGGAUGAUUGUUUUGCUAGCGCUCCAAAAGGCUCUGACUGUGGGGCUCCCAUAAAAAUAACCGACGAUAUUGUCAAAGAGGAUACAAUCACUCCCACUUCGAGGACACUUGCCGACAGAGCACCUGUUUGUGGCUCUCCCAUUGGAAAAAAACCGGAAAAAAGAAUCAAAGGGGUGAUUGAAGAAGAGGUGAAAGACCAGGUCAGCAUAGUUGGUAAGGUUCAAGGGGUUUUCGCUCUCCAGAAACACGUUGAAUGCUAA